CCACCACCGUAUAAUUAAGACGAAAAUCCCUCUUCUUUUCUUUCUCUAACUACCCUUUCAUUUCCAUUAAAAUCUGUCUGCAAUUCGUUUAAUUUGCAGUCACAAGAUUGGUGUUAAUAUGACAAAUUGCAGUCGAGUUUGGUGCAUAGUAAUAUCAAUAGCCUCCAUCAUAACCGCAGUGAUCGUUGUAUGCGUGUAUUACACCAACCCAUCGGAUCCUUCAUUCACCAUCAAUGACUUUUACGUCUCCGCCCUAAACCUAACAGAUAUUUCCUCCACCACAACCACCGCCAAUCAGACCAUUUUCUUUGACAUGAAGCUCCAUAACAAGAAUAAAGCCAUGGGAGCUUACUACGAUCCUGUUCGGAUUACAUUUUCUUACAUCCCUAAUAUCAGGUUGACUUUUGUUGUAGCAGAAUUCACGGUGCCAAAGUUUUACCAAGAUAAUCUGAGAAGCAAGCAUGUGAGAGAAACAGUGGCUACUCGCGGCAUAGCACCCUUCAACAGGACGGUGACCACGUCGGUUUUCAAGGUGCAAGUGUUCACCAAAGUUGGUUUCACGUCACCUGCAUACCGUAAGAAGGAGACGGUAGAUGUAGUGGCCAACGUGAGGGUUGGCCAAACAGGCGAGAAAAAUUCAAACAAAGGCAUUAAACUCUUUGAGUCCGCAGGCGUGGAUGAUCGAGUUGGUUACUUUGGCAUGCAAACAGGGUUAUUAAUCCUUUCUAUGGCCACCAUGUUGGUGAUUAUCUGAAUAAUUUGCUAAUAUCUACAAGAAGAUUGAAUUCACAAUUGUAACUUUCAACAUUCUUCAAAUCUAAUAUCUAUCAUUGUGUAUAUAUUUUAUAACUUGUAG